CCCAUAUUCGCUCCUCUGUUCAGAAUCGGAAGCAGAAGAUAGACAUGGCAGGCUUGCUUGCGUGGGCAGCCGACGUAGUAGGAGGCCAUGGCAAAGAACACGACGCCGAUUCAAUCCCAUUGAUAUUCACUCCAGAGCAGCAAAAGUACGUGCAAGAACUGAAUCAGAAGGCAUCUUCUCUAAGCCUCUCGAUCCAAGAUCUACGGCUUAGAUUAUCUCCUCCUGACAUCUCCCAGCGCCUUCCUCACCUACUCGCCCACUCUCUUGCCUCCAAUGCCGCUCUUGCCCUCCAGCUAAACUCUCAUUCCGCCACUCGUGAACAGGCCCAAUUAAGAGAGGAGACCUUGCAGGAAGAAAAUGCUGUCUAUGAAAAGGCUAUAUCAAAUUGUGAGAGUAAAAUACAGGAGAAAAUGUUGGAAGCAGAUUCACUUCGAACCAAGUUGAAGGAACUGGAUGCCAUUGAGAAAACGUUGAGAGCUGACUUGGAAAAUGGCCGGGCUGCAGUGAAUGUCAAUCAGCCUGGAAGUUCUGGUGAAUUGGUUGUUGAAUCCAAUGCGAACAUAACAGCUGGAGCAGAUUCAGAAGCUUCACAGUCUGCUAUACUAGAUAAGUUAGAAAACAAAAAACAAGAACUGAGUUACAUUGAAGAGAGAGUUCAAGAUUUAGAAAAAAAAUGGGCAAUUGUUCAGGACAAAGCGCUGAAGCAUCCUUCGCCAGCUCAAAGAGAGAAGACAUUGGACAAACAGCUUCACAGCCUAAUUGAGCAACUAGCAGCCAAGCAGUCACAAGCUGAGGGCCUGACAAGUGAAAUUCAUUUGAAAGAGAAGGAACUGGAAAGAUUGAAUGGGUUGUGGAGCAGACUUAAAAGCAGCAAUAUUGAGGCAAACACUGCAAGGAACAGAUUUGGAAGAAGCACUUCAGAAAAGGGAUCUGUUUCCGAUUAUCUUGUUAACUUGCAUCACAAGCCUCUCCAUAAUGCUGGUGAUCGAAAUGAAAACCAGAAUAGGCACAUGCUGCUCAGAUCGGCCUUUGUAAUAUACAUUUUAGCUUUGAACAUCUUGGUCUUCAUCAAGAUUUCAUUUUGAAGAAACUCUCAACAGAUGCUCUAUGAACAUAACGAAUUUUCUUUUACUUGCUGAACAACGAAGAUGAUGUAUUCUUCCUAUCGUAUCACAUCUAAAUUAACAAUUGUAUUGUGCAAAUAAUGGAUAGAUCAUCUAAAAGUUUUACCCGA